CAGAGCGGGCAAGUGCCAAGCUGGGGCCGCCGGAGCCGAGCCGGGAACUGCGUUUGCCCGGGCCGAGGCGGAAGCCGGAGCAUUUGGGGGACGGGACCGCGGGAACCCGGAAACACCCGGGCCGCACCAGCUGGCGGCGGCGAAGGCGGCAGGAGCCGGCAAGCUCUGCGCGUCGGGGGUCGCGGGGGGACCCAGCGGGGCUCCGGGCGGGGCUGAGCCGCCGCCCGGGGUGCGCGCAGCCGGCCGAGCUGCGCGGGAGGCAAAUGAAGAUAAAACAAUGUCCGCCAACCUAAAAUACCUUUCCUUGGGAAUUUUGGUCUUUCAGACUACCAGUUUGGUUCUAACGAUGCGUUAUUCUAGGACUUUAAAAGAAGAGGGACCUCGUUAUCUAUCUUCUACAGCAGUGGUUGUUGCUGAACUUUUGAAAAUAAUGGCCUGCAUUUUAUUAGUCUACAAAGAUAGCAAAUGUAGUCUAAGAGCACUGAAUCGAAUACUGCAUGAUGAAAUACUUAAUAAACCUAUGGAAACUCUGAAACUUGCUAUUCCAUCAGGGAUAUAUACUCUUCAGAAUAAUUUACUUUAUGUGGCACUAUCAAAUCUGGAUGCAGCUACUUAUCAGGUCACAUAUCAGUUGAAAAUUCUUACAACAGCAUUAUUUUCUGUGUCUAUGCUUAGUAAAAAAUUAGGUGUGUACCAGUGGCUCUCCCUAGUAAUUUUGAUGACAGGAGUUGCUUUUGUACAGUGGCCCUCAGACUCUCAGGAGCUUGAUUCUAAGGAACUUUCAGCUGGCUCUCAAUUUGUAGGCCUCAUGGCAGUUCUCACAGCAUGUUUUUCAAGUGGCUUUGCUGGGGUUUACUUUGAGAAAAUCUUGAAAGAAACCAAACAAUCAGUUUGGAUAAGAAACAUUCAACUUGGUUUCUUUGGGAGUAUAUUUGGAUUAAUGGGUGUCUACAUUUAUGAUGGAGAAUUGGUGUCAAAGAAUGGAUUUUUUCAGGGAUAUAACCGAUUGACUUGGAUAGUUGUUAUUCUUCAGGCACUUGGAGGCCUUGUAAUAGCUGCUGUUAUUAAAUAUGCAGAUAAUAUUUUAAAAGGAUUUGCAACCUCUUUAUCCAUAAUAUUAUCAACACUGAUAUCCUAUUUUUGGCUGCAAGAUUUUGUGCCAACCAGUGUCUUUUUCCUUGGAGCCAUCCUUGUAAUAACAGCUACUUUCCUAUAUGGUUAUGAUCCCAAACCUACAGGCAAUCCUACUAAAGCAUAGUAUAUACUAUCUUUAACUGGUUUUUCACAAUGGUGCACUAGGAAUCUCAACAUUAAUCUUGCAUAGAGGACUUCUACAGAUUCUAAGAAGAUAUCAUCACGCUGAAUCUCAUCAUAUUCAAAUGGUUUGAAAAUAUAAACAUUUAAGGCUAAAAUAUGUGUAUAUGUUAACAAAAUACCUAUUACAUCUAGAAAUCAAAGCUUGAAAGUACUUCCAGGGAUUAGAAUAAUUAUUGGAAAAAUAAUUAUUGGAAAAAACUUGAAAUCUGAGUUUAAAAAGAUUUUACCUUUUGAUUGCUGCAGAAAUGUCCUAUGCACUCUUUGCAAGAGCACACAACAAAUGUCCGAUACCAAUUUUUGCAAAUUAGAUCUAUUUAAUCUUAUUAAAUGUUUUUUAUCUUUUUCUGUACAGAUAUAUCAAAUCACAUGGAAUAUUCAAAGUUUGAAAAUUAUAAUUAUAAUUGCCUAUAAAGCUGUGAAGAAAUAGAAGUAUGAUUUGAAAAACAUUUUCAUGUAUCUGAGAUUUUUAUAUUUAUACAAAAGAUUACUAAAGAAAGGAUUGCUAAAUGUUAUUUGUUCAACUACAUAAAAUUUGAUAAAGUUUCGUUCUGGGUCUAAUUUGUCAGAGAAUAAAAUUCAUAUUUAAAUUUAAUGUAGAGAAGUACACACAUCUAUUUCUCCAUCUACGUUUUAAGAUCUUUUAGUGCUUUGAAACUGCUGAAAGCAAUCCAGUUGCUCCUGUGCUAGAGAGUAGCCAGAGACUUUUGCACUAAUGGAGUUUUGUCCUUAAUCUCUUAACUAUAUUUCUUUUCUGUAAAUCAGAUAAAUCCUUAAUAUUACUUUAAAUUAAAUUUCUGUAUGUGGUAAUUUCCAUUGAAGUUUCAAAAUGUAAUUUAAAGGAAAUAAAUACUUGUUUAAUAAUUUAAAAUAAUUAUUGUCUAACAUCUCCACUUGGAGAAUUUUGAACUAUCAAAGCAUAUACUAUAUACAUCUAGAAUGUUUUUAAAUGAAUAUUUUACUCGUUGAUCUGUAAAAACUUCCUUUAAUUUAAAACAACAACCAAAAUAAUUGUAGUAUAGAUGUCAACGAAUUGAGACCAAAAUGACCUUUCUUAGAGACAUUCCAGAUUGCCAUGAUAUUUCAUUAUUUUAAAUGGCGCCAUAGCUAUAACUCAAGGCUGCUCAGAAGAACUUUUUAGGCCUCUCAUAAACCCACCAUCCCCAGAAAUACUGUGGUCACAUGUCUAGGAGAGGUAGCCAAUUCUGAGUCCCUUUCUGUGGCCCUAAAAAGCUGCUGGGAAGGAACCAUUACUUUGCUUUUAAGAUAGUGGUUUCUUUUCCAUUUUGAUUAGCACUGGAGUUGAGGUUGUAAAUUACAUGUGUUAUUUAAUAAGUUGGUUCAAUGGAGAGAAAAUAUAGCAAAAAUGAUAAGGUGACUUGGUGGGCAAGAAUACUUUCUAAAAUUGGAAUAUAGGUUUACCUUAAUUAUUGACUAUAUAGACAGAAUUAACCUAUUGUGUAUAAGAAGUAUUUUACUUUAUUUUUUCAUUCAUGCUUCAUAUAUUUUUAAAAGUCUCCCAUUCUAAUAGUUAAAAACUGUAGAAAAGUAAAUAUUUUUAUAUAGUUAUAAUGGAUUUUGUUAAAUAGAAUUUGGCUCAAAAAUACCGUGUCACAAACUGUUGGAUACUUUUGGCUAAUUAGGACUGGCUAUAUUACUUUGCUUAUGCAAACCUAGUCUCUACAGGACACAGGCCUAAUCUAUUCCAUUCAAAGCUUAAAAGUGUUUAAAAGUACAAAAUACUUUUAAAUCAGUUUCCUGGUAAUUCCAAACUGACACUAACCAAACUUUCUGGAAGCCCGACUUAUGAUUUUCAGUGACCACCUUUGAGAGCAUUUGUUUAACAACUUUACCACAUUUUGAGCAUGGUAUUUUUAACACCAUUCUGAUGUACAUCUUACUACCUACUGCCAAGUGAAAUCUAAAUCCUGCAAAUGCACAGAAUUCAAGAGUAAAUAUAAAGAUUUAUGUUCAGCCCACAUUGAAGUACUAGUUGGGUACUUACAUAUUAAUUCAGUGUACAUUUACAAUUAAUUGUUAAUUCAGGUUUAGUCUGUCCCUUCAAAAAAUGAUACAAGCAAAUAUUGGAAAUCAGACAGGUUAGUUACCAUUGUAAUAUAUUUUCAGGUGUCCAAAAUAACAGUUUUCAAGAUUCUCAAUAAAGCUUAUAAAAAUAUAAUCAAAAGUUGUGACAAAGGACAAAAUAGUCUAAAGCAUAUUUUCAAAUGAAACAUUUAUUAGACAAGCUUAGUUCAUAUUUUGCUUAUAGGUUUGAAGAUGUUAUUAGAGAUUGGGUUGUGUAGCUUAUAAUUUUUAAUUCAUAAAGAAAGAAUCAUAUUUGAGAAGAUGGGCCUGUAGGCUAUAUCAUGUCAUAUAUACAGAUAAUGCCAUUUUCCUCUGUGUGUGGUGUGUGUUUUGAUGACCUCCAAAAGCCUUAUUGUAUCAAUCUUUUAUAAUGAUGACUCCUUUAUUAUUUAAAUUGUUACUUUUUGAAGUUUACUUGUUAUCUCUUAACUACUUUGUUCAUUAUAAAAAUGUGCUAACUCAUGGGAGAAGAGUGCCAGUUGAUGGUUCUAUUAAAAAUUAAGAAUAUGGUAUUUGGGAAGAAAAGUUUGAAAUUCAACAUGUAGAUGUUUCAACACAGUAGUAUCACCAGUUCUUUAAUAAGUAUUUUUAGAGAAGUUGUAGGCUACUUUUAUGGUGGAAACUGUAGUUUAGAGGUGCAAAACUUAAAUGUUUACAUAAAUUUAUAUUGAAUGUCACAAUUUCGUAGAAGGAAAAAUAGUUUGAUAUUUAAGCUAGAUUCUAAGGAGACAGAGUUUGAAAAGAAACUAAUUGACUUUGUACCCAGUAGACUUAAUGUAAUAUUGAUUAUUCUUAAGAAUUGAUAUACUUUUCCUACAUAUCAAAUUAUUGGACUUUUAAAAUGUCAUUGUAUAGUCAUUCAACUGAGUUUUGUUUUGUUUUUAAAAAUAGGGUUUAGCAUCUCUUGUUUUACUUACACUUUCAUUGUUAUAAUAUUUAAUUACACAUGGAUGUAUGCUUUACGUAAGAAAAGGUUUAUAAAAGUUAUUUAUGCUAUAUUGAAAGUCAUCUUAAGAAUCGCCCAGAUAUGUAGCAUAUUUAAAGAAAUUACAGGACCAAAGAAAAAGCACCUUUAUCAAAAUCUGGUCCUAUGUGCCUUGCUUUACCAAAUACCUGACUUUUCUGGAGGAUAUUACUGUAAUUCACAACUUUGGACACAUGGGAAAAUUAACAUUUUAAGAAUAACUAUAAUUCAAUUUUUUGGAUGUUUCAACAUUUGUUCUUUAAAUCCAUUAUCUAACAGAAUAUUAAAAUAGGUAUAUUAUAUAAGCAUUAGUAAACAGUACUUAUUUAAAUAAAUUAUGCACCGUUGCUUCAUCAUUGAGCUUUUGAAACUUUAACAAAUGUAUAUAGAUGUCAUUUUGUUAUUUUAUUUCUUAUUAUGAGAUAUAAUUUACUGUGAUUUUUAAAAUAUUUUUUUAAUGAUUUGAAUUCUGAUUUUGUUUAUAUGUCUGUGUAUUUCAUUUGUUUAGAAAGAUUCCUUUGAGUAUGGAAAUGUGAUUUGUAUAUUUAAAUUUUUUAUGGACAUAAUUAGAGGAAUGUAUAAAUUGGUCUUUUGUUAAAUGGCUUUUUAAUUGAUAAAUUUUUCUUUGUCAUUUUUUGGUAUGCAGUUAUUAUCUAUUUAGUAGAUUUAUGAAAAAGAUUAUUUUCAUAAUUAACUCUAUAUAAAUUUCUUCCUAUAAUUUUUGUUUCCCUUUUCACCUGUGUUUGACUUAACCAUGAAUUAGAUUCCUUUCUAUAUAUCAGAAAUGACUUCCUGAUCUUUUCCAUCAUCUCUCGUUACCUUUAUCAUGUGUGAUCUUCUUUCUUUUUUUCUAGCCUGUGCUCUAGCAUGAAAGACUGGGUUUUAUUUAAACUAGUUAGAACUUCUCUACCUGUGUGAUAAUAACCUAAUUUUUUGUUGUUUUAAAUAAAUUAUCUGUUUGCCAGCCUCAAGGUUAAGUAAUUAUAGUGAUUGGUAUAUAUUCUCUUCAUAAUGUGAAUAUAAUUGCUUCUAUUGUGACUACAAUUCAGUGCAUAGAGAUCAAAUGAUAAGCAAUAUAAAAGAUUUCAUUCCCACCUCUAUUAAUGAAAUAUCCUUGUACAAAAUUGUACAAAUGCUUUGUUUUAAACAAUCACUAAAGAACAUCAAUAUUUAAUUUUA